AUGGCCACCAUUCAGCAGCUGCUAGGAAGACGGUGCUUAGUGGAGAGCUACGGCUUCCACGGGCACCUGAAGGAACUAGGAGUGGGAAUGGCUCUGCGGAAAGUGGGUGCCAUGGCCAAACCAGACCAUGUCAUCACUUCUGGUGGCAAAAACCUAAUAAGAACUGAGAGCACAUUGAAAACACAGUUCUCAGGUAACCUGGGAGAGAAGUUUGAAGAAACUACAGCUGAUGGUGGAAAAACUCAGACCGUCUGCAGCUUUAUAAAUGGGUCAUUGGUUCAACAUCAGGAAUGGAAUGGGAAGAAAAGUACAACAAUGAGAAGAUUGGAAGGCAGGAAAUUAGUGGUGGAAUGUGUCUUAAACAGUGUCACCUGUACUCAGACCUAUGAAAAAGUAGAGUAA